GCCGCCUCUCUCCUACCGACGAACCUACAAACGUCACCUCCUUCGCGACUCCUCUCUCCCUUCUCGAUCGAGUCGACUCUUGCCUGGCGCAAAGUCGCAAACGCUUCCUCUACCUGUUGUCGGAAAGAAGUAGUCGACCUACCAAUUUCUUGCUCUCGCCCCACCCUCGCACCGCCUCCCACUUCUUUGCUUCGAUCAUUCAAACUUGCCCCGCGAUCCCACAUUCGCAAGUCACUUCCCUCACCUGAACCGAUAUUUCCGUACGCGCUCCAACGAGAAACCUCCAUCACAAUGGCCGCCGCUGCGACAGAGACACCCAAGAUGGACGAGCAGGUCGACCUCACCACCAUCCCCGUUGACCCCAACGGCAAGGAGUCUGCCUCCGAUAUCAAGGACGACAAGCCCGUCACUGUUUUCCACGACAAGGACAACUUUAACGUCAAGCACCCUCUUCAGAACAAGUGGACUCUUUGGUUCACCAAGCCCCCCAGCGGCAAGGGCGACAACUGGAACGAUCUUCUGAAGGAGGUCAUCACCUUUGAUUCCGUCGAGGAGUUCUGGGGUGUCUACAACAACGUUUCCGCCGUUUCUGAGCUCUCCCUCAAGUCCGACUACCAUCUGUUCAAGGCCGGUGUCCGCCCCGAGUGGGAGGACCCCCAGAACAAGCACGGUGGCAAGUGGUCCUACCAGUACAAGGACAAGCGAAACAUCGACGUCGACCGUCUCUGGCUCCAGGUUAUGAUGGCCGCUAUUGGCGAAACUCUCGAGGACGAGGACGAUGGCGAAGUCAUGGGCGUUGUUGUCAACGUCCGAAAGGCGUUUUUCCGAAUCGGUGUCUGGACUCGCACCAUAGGAAAGAGCAUUCCAGGCCGAGGCGAUGGUGACGUGGCCGGCGGCAAGGGCCGUAGCAAUGAGAAGGGUAAGGAGAUUCUGAUGGCUAUCGGCCGUCGAUUCAAGGAGGUCCUGGAGCUGCCUGCCACCGAGCAGGUCGAGUUCUCGGGUCACACCGACAGUGCUCACUCCGGAAGUACAAGGGCCAAGGCCAAGCACGUUGUCUAG